GUGACGAUCGGCCACAAUAAAAGAAAACCCCAAAAUCAUUGGUGUUCACCACCCCAGUAAGGAUGACGUUAAAUACGAGCUGAUCGAUUGUACUAAUUUAAAUAUUGUUUAAUUUUUCAGGAUUUUAAUCGUUAACAUAUGAACAUGUAAACACUGUAAGAGACAUUUGAAACAGCAACUCUAUAUGAAACCAGGUUAACUUCUAUUUGUUGAACGCUAUGAAAGCUUGGCGGAUGUGUUUAGUUUUGUCUUUCAAAGUAAAACUACAUGUCAAUGGAAUGUGGGUUUGAGCUUGAUAGUUUGGGCUAAUUAACAGUUUUGUGAAUGUAAAAAAAUUGUUUAGUGUUGUGAUGAAUAUAAAUUGUCAGAUAGUGUUAUUCCACGGAAGAGGACGAGCUCGAGGGAUUUUAUUUUGAACAAACAUUGCUGCAUGUCCGUUUUAGUGUAGUUUGACACAACAGCCCGUGCGGUCCUGGCAUCACUAUAUCGGGUUCCAUUGAUCAGCCUGAGCCGGGCCAGACUGUGGAUUUGGGUCGGAUGCUACGGUCACGCAGAGUUUCCGGUUGCGUCAAGUAGCUUUAACGUGGCUGUCGGUGCUUUGCUGGCUUGUGGGAGCGACAGUCAAGCGGUCGCCGAGUGAGCAACAGCGGCAGUACCCUGUACCGCAGCCUUGCGUCAAAUGCGGCUAAAGCUAAGCCGCCGUAGGGGAGCCACGUUACCUCGGUAGCUAGCCAGUCUGCAGACGGGUUAUUUUUAGGGCGUCCACAUGUUCGAGUCCUCAACUCUCCCUGUUAAUACUGGUUGCGGGAAUUCUCUCUAUUAUCACCCAUAUGACUCCCCAACCUGCAUGUACAAUUAGUGCGCAGAGGUGAGCGAGGACAUUGCGAUUAUUGUUCUCCUGGGAGGUGUCCAAAAAAAAUAUGGAUCUAAAUUUUUAUUCGGAUCUAACGGGUGGAACCGGGCAUCACGAUGGCGAUCCAGAGUUCUUGGACCCGCAGUCCUUCAACGGAUUUGACUCUGACAACAAGUUCCCCGGAGGUAGUGACAACUAUCUAACGAUUUCUGGGACGGCACAUCCUUUCCUCGCUCCAUCAGAGACGUUCCACACUCCCAGUCUGGGCGAUGAGGAGUUCGAGAUCCCACCCAUAUCCCUGGACCCCGAUACGGCGCUCACCGUCUCCGAUGUGGUGUCUCAUUUCGGGGAGUUGUCUGACACCAGCCCUUCUGACAGUGUGGUGGUUCCCGGGAACGCUGUGGUGGAAGGCGAUGACCCGUCCUUUGCCUCCACCUUUGUCCACCCGCCCUCGCAGGGGCUAGAGCACCUUAGUCUUGGGGUCAUCAACCAAUCCGGAGGACCUCUGCUGGGGUCGUCGCUUGGCAUGGAUCUGGGCCAUCCCAUCGGGUCCCAGUUCAGCAGCUCAUCGCCGGUCACCAUCGAUGUUCCUCUGGGAGACAUGAGCCAAGGCCUGCUGGGCUCCAACCAGCUGACCACCAUCGACCAGUCAGAGCUCAGUGCUCAACUUGGGCUCGGCUUGGGAGCUGGGAAUAUUCUACAGCGCCCCGAGUCACCGGAGAACCCUCUGUCAGCCACACCGUCACCCACCAGCUCACUGCAGGAUGACGACAUGGACGACUUCAGAAGGAGCAUCCUGGUGGAGUCCCCCAUCUCUCCGACCUACUCUGCCGGGGUUAUUUCCCUCGACCCCAGUUUGGCUGAGACACCGUUGUCCACUCCCACUGCGGGAAUCUCGGCGGCCAUCAGUCGGAAAGGAGGAGCUGCUGCCGGAGGUGCUGGGAAGAAAGGGAGGAGAAAGAAGGAGGAAAAGAAAGAUCCCAACGAGCCACAGAAGCCUGUGUCGGCAUACGCCCUCUUCUUUAGGGACACUCAAGCGGCCAUCAAGGGACAAAACCCCAAUGCCACGUUUGGAGAAGUAUCCAAGAUUGUGGCAUCCAUGUGGGACAGCCUGGGGGAGGAACAGAAACAGGUUUACAAGAGGAAAAAUGAACUGGCCAAGAAGGAUUACUUGAAAGCACUUGCAGAAUACAGAGCCGGUCUAAAUUCUCAGGCUCCCAUUGAAAUUUUAGAUUCAACGCCUUCGCUGCCUACUCGAGCCCCUUCAACUACUCCAGCACCUGUUGUCACCCCAACGCCGCCCCCAGCAACCCGCCCCACCAGGGCGCAGCAGUACAAUCCCGAGGAGAACACCAUCACCAACAUAUGCACCUCCAACAUCAUCCUGGACCUGCCUCAGGUCACUACGCGCUCCCGCACAGGUGCCAUCAAACCGCAGCCACCUGUCCCCGCCACUGCCCCCAGCCCUCCCACAGUCACCAAGAUCAUCAUCAAGCAGACACAGUUGCCCUCUGGCGCCGUCUCCGUCACAGCAAUGCCCGCCUCAUCGCCUCGCCAACCGCCACCACUACAGCAGAUGCAGAGCACCCCUCCACCGCCACGGCUGCAACAGAUGGUACAUGCCCAGCCUCCGCCCCCUCUACAGGCGAAACCUCGAGGAGGGGGCGCGGCCGCCGCUACAGCUCCUCCUCCCUUGCAGAUCAAAGUGGUCCCGGCGGCUCGCCAGUCAGAUUCCGGCGUGCCGAUAAUUGUGAAGUCGGCGCCCGAAACAUCGGACACAGCAAUGGAGGUGGGACAGUCGACUGCUUUGGUGGCGAAAGGAGAGGAAGUAGUGGACGCCGAGGAGGGGAUGGAGGUGGAGUUGAAUGUUGCACCCGGGCCCACCAUCACGACGGCCGCGGGUCCAAACAUUUGCUUGCGUGCUGGCUGCACCAACCCAGCGGUGGAGAGCAAAGACUGGGACAAAGAGUACUGCAGCAACGAGUGUGUUGCCACUCACUGCAGGGACGUUUUCACAGCCUGGUGCGCCAUUCGAGGGCGGAACUCCACCACCGUCACAUAGUGCCACCAGGACACGCUCCUUUGUGUGUGAAUGAAUGAAUGAAUGAAUGAGUGGUGGCCAUAUGAGGCUCAGGAAUUGGUACUUGUGUUUUAACCAGGCACACCAAUGGCACACCUGGGGGGAGGAACUUCAAGACUCUGCUGCUUUGCACUCUCUCCAGCAGGGGGAGGGGAGGAAUACAUCCAUUAUAUGUAAAAAAGAAAGAGGACAUUUUAUAAAGACAAUGUUUUUUAAUGAACUUGAAGAAACUGUGCAGGGAGGAAAAGAAUUUCCAAUGUUUUUUUUCCGAUAAUUUCAGUGAUUUCACUGUUACAUUGAGGAUCAAUGUUUGUUUGUGUGUGUGUGUGUGUGUGUGUAAUAUCGGUCGGCUCUUGUGUUGUAAAAAGUGCGUUCUAUUGUAAACAACUCCCUGUGAAACAUGGAGCAUCACUUGAUCAUUUCCGCGUGUCAUCUGCAUGGACACAUUUUUUAAAUACAUAUUCAUGACAGUUUGGAGGUGAAAACACAUUUAGGGACUUAGGGGCUUCUAGCACAGUGCAAGGCUCUGAGAACUGGUGCUAUGAUUCAGGAAAGAAAAAACAAAAGCUGUGGUUCACUGCCCAAUGAAAGUGCUCCCGCCUGGAUUAUUUUUUUUUACUUAUUCAGUGUCACAUGGACCACCUGAGAUGUAAAACGAACAAAAAAAAAAGACUUCAGCCCUGUUAACACUACUACUGGAACAUACUUUUCGGUUUUUAAAUUAACAUGAAACAGUAAUAAUGGGAUGCUCGUUUGCUGAGUACAUUGUCAGGAAGGGGCAACUUCACUAUAAAGGAUAAACCUGCAAGUGUUUUCAAUGGUGAAAUAAAAUUGUUUGUUUUAA